AUGGCAGCCACCGAAGCGACAGCGAGGGCCUUCUUUUCUUCGCCGCUCUUCGCCGUUGUCGGCGCAAGCUCGAACCCCUCCAAAUUCGGCAACAAGAUCUUCAAUUGGUACCAUGCCCACGACCUCCCCGUAACGCCCAUCAACCCCACCGCCUCCACCAUCACCCUCGCCUCCCGACCCGAACCUUUCCCCGCGCUGCCCAGCAUUUCCGCUCUCCCUUCGCCUACCGAGACUGCCCUGUCCAUCGUCACUCCGCCCGCAGCCACUCUACAAGUAUUGCGCGACGCGAAGCGGCUCGGCAUACGUGCGGUCUGGCUCCAGCCUGGAAGCUUCAACGAUGAGGUUCUGCGCGUCGCAAGGGAGGAGCCAGCUGCUUUCAAGGCGGUAGUUGCUGGCGAAGGCGGUGUGGGGCGUGAGGGCUGGUGUGUACUCGUCGACGGGGAGAGGGCGCUCAAGGCUGUUGGGAAGCUGUGA